GAAAUUUAACUUACUUCUUAUAGUAAACGUGUAAAUGUAAAUAUAUAAUGUAAACCAUUUGUGUAAUAAGUGUAUCAAAGGUUUUUGUUAUUUUUAUUUCGUUUAUUUGUUGCAUAGGUUAUCCUUUGCAAAGUGUAACAACAUUGGACCUUUAUAAAAUGGAAGCUGUAGAUGAACUGGCUCAUCAAUCGAGUGUAGAAGUGUUGAAAGCAAGUGUUGGAAAUGAUGAAGAGCCGGUGACCGCACUGGAAGCGAGUUUGUGCCUCACAUCAAACGGAGUCGCCGAUUCCGCGGUGAAUCCACUGCAGAAUGCUGACGCCGUAUACUACGUCUCUACCUCUGAGGCGACAGUAUCUCAAGAGCUUCAAAAUAUUAGGGAGGCUUCCCCGACCACACAGGUAAUCAGUGACUCUCAUAUCACGGAAUCAUCGAUUGUACCAGUAACUGCAGCCUUGCAACAAGAAGCAAUGCUAGUGAUGGAGACGACUGCUGCAGUCGAACAUCUUCUAGGCGAUGAAAAGUCGUCAGAAGUGAUGACUUCUAUGGAAGAAGUGGUUGAAAAUGUCGAAGGGGCAACUUGUAAUAAAAAUGAGCUACAACUUGAAGGAUCUGGAGUUGUAGGUGAUAUUGGUGACUCCAAUGACACAGUUACAUUUAAGACUGAAAUUUUAGUAGAAAAGAAUGACAAUGAUGUGGCACAUGAUACCAACAAUGUAACUGCUGAUGAAAAUGACCAUCCAAACAAUAUUCUGAAUGAGUUAAGUCAAGGCAUUGAAUUAAGUGAAGCAUUACGUUCCUCUGAUACAAUUGAAAACACAGAAAACAACAAUUGUUCUGAGAGAGAGGAAAUGUUCAAUAAAGAGGAAUUAUUAGAUAUUUUAGAAGGAAAUGAUGUUAGCACAUCUGGGAAUGAGGAUGUAGAUAUGGAUAAAAAGAGUCUUGAAGCCCAAAUAGCUAUAAGGCAACUGAGCAGGUUGAAGCUUAAACAUGGAAAGAGAGGAAAGGAUAGAUAUUUGUCGACACCAAGGAGAUCUAGAGUGGCACGAAAGCGAGAGAGUGGCAAAAAUGUUGAGUCUGCAAGUGAAAAUGAUAAAGAAGACGAUAAUGGGGACAUUCAAAAUUGUAAAACUAGUGACAAAGGCUCUGAAGCCUUACAAGCAGAUGAAAACAGCAUAUCUGUACAAAGCAAAGAUAAUGAUAGCAUAAAUAAAGAUGACAGCAAAAAUAAUGACAGUAUAGUCAAUUCUUUGGUUAAAGAUUGGGAUGAUGAUGAACCCGUAGAGAAUGAGCAAGCCAGUAAGGUAUUAAUGAACACAGACAGUUUAUUAAAGGCUGAUGAAAUAGUAAAUACACAGGAAGUGGUUGCUAAUGAAGAAACGGUAACUACAACUGCUGUAGAUAAUAGUAUAACUCAGUCAGCAAAUGUAAACAAAAGCAGUGAUGAAACACAGCCACGUAGGUUAGGUAGGGUUAUAAAGAAAAAAAUUAUAUUUGAUCCGGAUAAUCCUGACACAUUCACAAAGGGUAAAGCAGUUAGUAAAACAAAAGAUGCCCAUGUGGAAAAAGAGCACCCACCAAAAAAAAUUAAAUCCGAGCAUCAACCUCUGAGAUCAAAAUCUCCUGUAGCUAAAUCGCCGUGGAAGAAACCAACUCCUAAAAAUAAUAGCAAACAAAAUAAAAGACUAACAGAAGUUGAUAAGCUACUAAUGGAUGAAGGAGCAGUAAACAUGAUUUAUCAACUCACACCAGAGGCCCCUAAAGGCAGAAAAAAUAUGAAGACCAAAGCUGAAUUCAUAAAGAAAGUGCAAAGUUCAACACCUGAAGGUAAAGAAAUGAAAUUCCGAGAAAGAAAAAAGGAAUCAAAAUUUGAGGAAACUGAAGCUAAAAGAAUUCUAGGAGGUAAACAAAGAACAUCAUUGAGCAGCUCUGUCAAGUCUCCAUCAGUUUGUGAAGACUUUGAGACUCAUAGUGCUGAUGAUUCUAUUAUUUAUCGACGUCAUUCUUCCAGCUCGUAUUCUAGUAGUUGUAUGAGCCCGCGCCGUCUGAGCGACGGUGACGCUGGCGUCACACAGAACGCUGCACGCCUUUCACAACAUGUUGAUAGAGGUUCUGACAAUCAUGAUGUUGGUGGAGAUCAAAAUACGGAUAUCUUCAUGGCUGAUACCAGUGCUGAAAUAAUCAACAAGGAUGACUGUUUGUCCAUUAAAGAGAAGUUGAAUUCCAAAUUGUCACAAGUAUUAAACAAAAGAAAACGAGAAAAUAACAAGACUGAGAAGCCAGCCAAGCAGAAGAAGAUAUCCAAAACUCAAGAGAAGAGUGAUAAUUUAAUUGUAGAGAAGAUGGAUGUUAUCAAGCACAUUUCAAUUACUGUGGAUCAGAGAGUGGCCGAAAUUUGCAUCAGAGGAACCGGGUCCACUGUGGAGAUGUUCAAAGAACUGGACCAAGCGCUGCAGUACAUUGAUAGUAGAAAAGACACGUUUGUUACUCUAUUGACAUCAGAAAGUGGUACAUUAUGUUCUAAAUUAGAGUUACGCCCUCUGCUAGAUGAUAACUUGGAGAGGAGAACGAAUAACGCGUACGAAUUUGCAGAAUCAAUCAGAGCGGUGCUGUGCAGUGUAUGGCGACACAGCAAGUUGGUGGUGAGCGGUGUGUGGGGGCCGUGCCAUGGGGUUGCGCCGGCGCUACUUGCGCUUAGCGACGUGUCGUUGGCCGAGAACCACGCCACUAUAGGCAUGGACACUUCGCCACCAAUGCCUGCAGCCGCUGUUAUCAAAUCAUGCCGUCGACUUUCUCACUCUUUGAUAAACGAGUUGGUGUUGUUCGGGCGCAAUUUGUCUGCGGCUGAGGCGCAACUUGGCGGGCUGGUGGACCGCACACUGUGGCCAGGCGGUGCUGAACAAAUACGCGCAGCUGCCAGGGAUCUCGCCGCUCAACCUUCUCAAAACCUGCUACUAAAGAAGCAGCUACUGAACUUAGACAGAAGCUGCGAAUCGGGUACUACAUUCCUGUCAAAACUCGAGAAAGAACGCGAUAUCCUGGUCGAGUAUUGGACUUCUGUCGAAGGACAAGAUGUCAUCCGGGCGUCAGUUGACGCUUGAAGUGAAAUGACCGAAUUGAAUGCCAAGCGCAUUCCUGCAAUUUAUUUUAUAACUGGCAUUCACCUCCGCGAAAUUUUUUGUUGGUUCUAAUAUAUUUCUUACUUUAUAACAUACCUAUAGGUAUAAUUUCGUUGGUUUCCGUGUCUUUUACUGUACCUGUUAAAAACUAUUAUUACACCUAUGUUGUUAUACAUUUCACAUUAAUAUCGUUUUAUACACCAUUUAGUGUUACGAAUUUUUACAACUAGUGUACCGGAAUAUUGAUGUUUUCGGUUGCCGAGAUAAGAGAUUAACGUUUAUGAUUAUGUUGAAAUUGUUGCAUUCUUAAAAUCUGCUUUACUUUUUGAACAUUGGAUUGACAUGUUUGUAUUCAAGAACGUUUUUUAAGUUAUAUCCGAAAGAACCCCAUGUGGUGCAAAGUUGGGCAGUUUACAACCGUGCGUUUAUUCGUAACUCGAAUUUUAUUCACAACUGUCCUGAAGUAGUUAUUAUUGCAGAAGUAGGUGUUGUUAGUUUAGUCAUAGAUUACUGUGUUAUGUUAUAGAUGAAAUUGUUUAUCGUCUUUGUUUAGAUGUUUAUGAGUUUAUAAUUUUAGUUUAAGUAUUGUUAGUUUCUAUUUACAGCCAAAGUUUUUAACUGCACGAUAUCAAAAACGGAAAGAGACGACGACGUGUUACAAUAUGCACUGUGUUGGACGUUUGUUAAAUUUUCAUCUUCCGUUACUUUCUAUUUUUGAUAUUUGAAUAUUGUGUCAUUUUGGUAAGAAGACAUUGCCUUAUGUAUGUAUACCCAUGCAUUACAUUGUAACUUAAUUUUAAUUAGCGUUCAUUCCUUUCAUAAAUUGAUUAAAAUUUUAAUUCUAUCUUUACGAAUUCUUCUAAUAAUUUAGUUAUACAACAUUAUAGUUAUUAUAUUUUUUAAGUUAUAUUCACAUAAGCAUAGCAAUAAUUUAUUACAUUUCGGUUUCCUACAAUUCGGAAUAACGUGCCUUUCAUAAUAUUCUACAUUUAACUUAUACACUGUAUUAUGUAGUUUUAUCCUAUAGGUGCAAUCAAUUCCAAAAUGGAAGUAAAUAGAUCGUAUAUAGAAAUUGGGAAGAGCUUUUGUGUCAAAUAUUUAAAUAAUUUUGGCCACUUAGUACAAAAUGUAAGAGUAGACUCAAUUUCUAGCAUGAUAAAAUUCGAUUCUUGUUUAACACUAUGAUGUGAGGACUGCUCAAAGUAAUAUAUAUAUAUAUAUAUAUAUAAUUGCCUAGACGAAGUCGGUCGGUUUGCCUAGGUAUUCUAUAGAAGGCGCUAUGCCAGUAACACAUACACGUUUGUAUAAUCACUAGUUAUUAUUUGAGUCCCAAGGUUCCAGACAUCCAUUUCCCUGAUAAAUCCAAAACAGUUGUGUUGCUAAUUGUUUGCAUAAUUUGCUCGCACAUUUUCAAAAGGCGAUCAAAGAAAUUCGCCUUUUCAGUCGUCAACGAGUUAUUAAUAUUAUUACAAAAUGGAUAUUUGUGAGUGAAAGUGAUGUAAAAUUUAAAACUGAAUGUGGACUAUGGGUUACUUAGUUGUAAGAUACACAAUAUAUUGUGUAAUAAUAAAUAUAUCAUAUCUCACAUCGUGACUACUUUUAUGAAAUAAUAAAUAAUUACAUUAAAACACGUAUUUAAUUAAAUUGAUGCCUUGACUAUUUGUGCCUGAAUCAGUGGAAUCUUU